CUUUGCAAACACAAGUAUUUAGAAUUUAUGUAACACGAUAAAUAUCUUGUUAUAACAAGACAAGAUGUAUUUUUAUUGAUGGCCCGUCAGGAGAAUACGGGGCUAAUUGCGGGCUGUACGUGUAUGUGUGAAAGCAGCUCAAUAGUGAGGAAUGAGCUGUUUGUGUUCUCAUGCCGUCUGAAAAAUGGGCACGAGCCACACACCACCGCUCGCACCAACACAAAGAACACAUGCUCGAAGAAACGCGCUAGCUCAGGGUCUGGACCCACGCGCAGAACCACAACCCACUGCUAUUUAAAGCCUCCGCCAGCACCAGAAGACCUCAGACCGACCCGAGGUGGAGAGACCCGCUAAAGGGAGACGAGUGGAAAAACAUGUAAGGAUUAUACCGACUAGCUCGCUACCUGUGGAGUUCAAUAAACCGUUAAACGUUUAUUGUCAUUUCUCGUCAACAGAUUUCCUCACAAUGUGGAUUAAAAAGGCUAAAUACGUCCUACUCUUCAUUUGCCUUUUAUUCAUUCCAUUGUCUUGGGCAGAGGACUUGAAGAAAAAUACGAGUGAGAAGGAGAAUGAUGCCGACUUGAGCCAUGGGAAGAAGAGACUGUUUGCCCGACGAAGGAUCCCAAUUGCCCAAGGAAAUCAUCUGCCAAAGCUCAAGGCAAGUAGCAUGAUGCCAGUGCGUCGCUGCAGCCGCCUAAUGGAGAACUGCUCGGCAUACCUCCCCUGCUGCGACCCCUGCGCCUCCUGCCGCUGUCGCCUCUUCAACACCAUCUGUCACUGCUGGAGGAUGAGCGAGCAGUGCAGCCGCAAGACCUGAGAGGCCUUACACACACAUACACAGACACACACAUAUUUGACUAAUGACUAAAUGCAAAACCACACAUUGCUAGGCAUGCAGUACAUACGUUUGGUGUGGAAAAUAGAAAAUAAAAAUACACAGACCAACGUUGAAAUACAUACACACAUGGAUGAACAGAGCUGAACAGACCUGUAGACGGAAAGCUAGACUGGCUGAUUGAUAGACAAACAGGCAAACAGACAGACAGACAGAUGGACCCGCUGACUGACAGACAGCUGGACAGAAAGACAGGCAGCCAGCUAGACAGAAAGACAGAGAGACAGCUAGACCAGCUGACUGACAGACAGCUAGACAGAAAGACAGACAGAUAGACAGCUAGACCAGCUAUAGACAGCUAGACAAACAGACCAGCAAACAAACGGACAGUCAGACAGACAGCUAGACCGGAUGACUGACAGACAGCUAGACAGAAAGACAGACAGCUAGACAGGCAGAAAGCUAGAUCGAAAUACAGAGUAACAAAGAGACAGACAGACAGGCAGACCAACGGACUAGUGAACCCAGCCACCGACCAGCGUGUUAAAUCCUUACAUGUACAAUGCUGUCUGGACUGAAUGCCUACCUCUACGGGAAUGUAAAAAAAAGACUCAAAGCUUACAGCCAGAUCAGUUAAGUUACCAUGGUUACGAUCUGAUUCUCACCUGUUUGCCUUUACCCGCCCCAGCUAAAAUGAAGACAAAUAUGAAGAAGAAUAUAUAAUGGUAUAAAGGCUAAAAUAGCGAAACAGCCCAUUGUCCUUAAGCUAUGUACUCAUUGACUCAAGUUUUCUGCACUCCAUUUCUUUCUCUCAGGGUAGGCUUGGUGAUACAUACUCAAAUACGAAUCUAGACAAAUAUAUUAUUUUGUUUGUUUCAUGUUAUGAUGUAGAUCUAUUAAGUAUAUUUUAUUUUCUACUACGGUAUUUGAUCUCAAAUAAAUAAUUAUUAGCAUACUUUAA